GCAACAACAACAUCAACAGCAGCAGCGGUGGGAACAGGAGGUAAAAAAGUCACAUUUGGUGGAUCCACACCUGUGGUGGUUGAAACACCUGGUUCUGCCGAUCUUGCUUUCAGUAAAUCAAGCACAACUGCAAGUGACGUAUCUGGUCCUUUAUCUUUAUCCACAACGAAAAAAGAUGCCAGUACAUCAAGUGAAAGACCAGUGCAAACAACACUUAAAUCCACAGUGACAGAACCUAGCCAAAUCACAUAUAAAACUUGUUUUUGGGAAUUACCCGAUGAAGCGCGUAAUGAAUUGGCUUUACUUGCUAAUUUCAUUACAGAACAAACGGAUAUGCAUGAUAAAAUCGCUGAUGAGUUGAAUUCGUCCUUUGGACCUGAUUUGACUGAUUUCGGUAUCAAGGCACUUAGUAUGGAUAACGAUGCACAAAUUUUAAGAAAACAAUUAGAAGUGCAAGGUGAAUCUCUUCAUGAAUUAAUCUCUAAAAACAAGGAGCAACGCUUAAACGCAGUGGCAGCCAGCAAUGUUCAAAAGCAAGAUACAAAGGACUGGCGUACGCGUGGUGCGUUUGAGAACUGGACCUUCUUUGCAAAUACAAUUGAACAGAUGGAAAAUCGUCUUCAACAGUUUACACAAGCUACGGAAUCGAUUCAAGACGCUGUCAAUGGUUUACAAAAAGAUGCUCCUCCUACACCCGAAGCUAUCGGACAUAUCGUACAACAACAACAACGCAUGUAUUUAUCUUUGGCAGGUCGUGUAGCUGAGCUGCAUCAAGAAGCUGACCGUGUCUUUAAAAGACGAAAAAUAAACUAAUCCUAUACACAUCGCACGCUUUCUUCUUCUUCUUUUUUUUUU